CGGGGCGUGUGCCGGCGAUGCCCGGGCGGUAAGGCUGCAGCUCCCCCCGGACGGGAGGCGGCCGAUCGCUAGGCAUUUCUAGCAAGAAUCGGGACUGCAGGAUGAAUAAGAGAUACUUACAGAAAGCAACAAAAGGAAAACUGUUAAUAAUAAUAUUUGUUGUAACUCUGUGGGGGAAAUUAGCAUCUGGGGCAAAUCAUCAUAAAGCUCACCAUGUUAAAACUGGGACCUGUGAAGUGGUGGCUCUUCACAGAUGCUGCAAUAAGAAUAAGAUAGAAGAGAGAUCACAGACAGUGAAGUGUUCCUGCUUCCCUGGGCAGGUAGCAGGUACCACCCGGGCAGCUCCUUCUUGUGUUGAUGCUUCAAUAGUGGAGCAGAAAUGGUGGUGCCACAUGCAACCAUGUCUUGAAGGGGAGGAAUGUAAAGUUCUUCCAGAUCGUAAGGGAUGGAGCUGUUCCUCUGGGAAUAAAGUGAAAACAACUAGGGUAACCCGAUAGCUAAAGACAAAUCAAGCCAGUCUCAAGGCUGAUAACAUUAAAUACAACACAGGAAUUUCAUUCCUCCUGGCAAUCCUUGAAGUGAAAUUUUAUACUGCUGAGGUGUAUCCUUCAGAAUCAAUUGUUUCAAUGAGAACCUGGCUUGUAAUCAGCAACAGCCUUGAGAUCAAAACUGCUGGAAAGUUAUUUUGAACUUCUGUGUGACAAACAUUUCGACUGAUUGAACUGUGUACACUUGUAAAAUUGCACUUGCUGAGGAAUUUGCAGCUGUAAUCACAAGCUAAUAUUCUAAAGGUGCAGAAAAGCAGCAAACUUCUGGGCUCUCCGUUGCAGAUCAGUGGGUUUUCAUCUUGAAGAAGUCAACCUCUUAAAUGUAUUGGAUCCUUCACUCUAAAAUGAUCCUUGGUCCACUGUUCAGAUUGCUGGUGGGACUGCACACUGCUUUAAUUAAAUUUCUGUUGCAGAAAUUGUCCUCUGGCAUGGCGCAGUUUUAGACAUUUUUAUUUGUGUUCUAAUCUUGCAGCUCUCAAAGGUACAUAUUUCAACAUCUUAAAGUUGCUUUGUUAUAGGAAUGGAAUUAUAUAUCCAUUGUUAAUAAUUAUUGUUGACAAGUAGUUAUCUGAAUACAUCAGUCAUAUUAGAAUGCAUAGUCAGGUUGACACGUUUCCCUAAGGCUAACCAACUACUGCAGCUUAACAGUUAAAGAAAGUAGUGGUCAAAACUCAAUUACCACUUCCAUAAUAAGGCAUUUUAUAUCUUUAAUAUGUACAUUUCCAUUUAGUUUGAAGGAAAUGGGUGAUUCCAAUAUGUACUUUACUUUCCUAACCUUUAAUUCAUUUAAAUUGAUGGUAAGCAGUCAAUUACACUAUUUCAUCCCUUUUUUUAUAAAAGUAGGCAGGGAUAUAAAUGAGUUUUGCAAAUAUGAUAUUGGAGGGUAAUAAUUCUGAAUUUUUGUCUUUUUAUUAAAAAAAUAAAAUCUCUUGCUUGAACCUAAGUACUGAUGGAUGCUUAUGUAGAUGUCUGCUCAGUCUGUUUGCCAUAAAGGAUAAAAGUCCUAGUGCUCUCCCAGUUUUACACUUCAUGGGUAUUUUGCUUGCUUACAGUCAUCCUAUUCAGAUCUGUUUUGCUUUGUUUCUAACUUUGCUAUGUGUUGUUACAUGAAAAAAAUCCUCAAUAUUUAAAGGCCUUAAGCAUCCUUGAGCUUUUUUCUAAGUUAUUACAGAAUGUAUAAUUUUAUACUCCAUUUAAUGUAUAUUGUACCAUCUGUAAUGUUGAUACAAAAGAAAUUUGGCAAUUCCUUUUAGUGGCACUGCCUAAACAUACUGACUAGAGGGAGUUCUGACUGUAUGAUUUGGUGAAUUGAAAUGAAAGCCACACACAGUUAAUGGUAGUCAAAAAUACAUAGAGGUAAGCUUGUUUAAGUCCUAUGUGGUUAUCAAACACCAAAAAAACCAAAAAAAAAAAAAAGAAAAAAAAAAAAAAGAAAAAGAAAAUCAAAAAAGAGAAAAAG